GGUAAUCCUUCAGUUUUCGUUUUCGAACCUGUGCCUGCGCGCCUGUUACCGUACCCCAUGCCAGAGUUGUGAUUACUUUACUGACUGUGCUGGUUUUGUGUUGUUGUAUAAUUGCUACAGCUUAUGAUUUUUUUGUUAUUUGCGUGACAAACCAGUUUCCUGACACUGUCAAGCAGGGACGGAGUGACAGCCACAGCUGCGAGAGCGCAUGCCACAACCGCGGGCACAGCACUGUGCGUAAAACUGCCGUGAGACGUUGUUUUCGUGCAGCAUUUGCUACGAGAUUCUAUGAGCAGUGAGCAGUGUGCGCAACGCUGGCUCAGUGGCCCGAAGUCGCCAAUGAUGAAUCCGGAAACAAGGCCAGCGGUUGAGCGAACUGCAGCUGCGUGUCUGCUGUUAAGUGAUCGCGGGGAAGCUGCGGCCCUCAUCGACUUCGUUGGCCUUGUCUUCAUUGAACAGCUGUGCACUACUGCAACGCAUUAAUCUCGUAUUCACCGGCCCCGCAACCUGUACGUACAGUUAAAGCUGUGUCAACGAUGGAAGCGCUGAUCUGCUUCGUGGUGGCCACCUUUGUGUUCCUGCUGCUCUUCGACCACUACUGCCACGAGGAGAGUCAGCAGGAACGCACCCCAGCGACCACACGGGACGUCGUGGAUGACGGCACGAUGCCUGCGACCAAGAGUCGUUACUAUUCUACCAGCCUGUUUGCGAUACUGGGUCUGUCACGAGAGGAAGUGCACGACUUUGCUGCGUUCCGUGACCGCUUCAGCACCUUCUCUGAAGUCAGCACAGCCAUGCGACGGGCAGGGUUGCCCGACAUCCACGUUAUCGUUGGGGUUGACUUCUCGGCCAGCAACGAAUGGCAGGGUAGGCGGACGUUUCGUGGCGAGAACCUGCACGCCCUGAAGCCAGGUACGCAGAACCCGUACCAGAGGGCACUCGCUUCUUUGGGCGCUGCAGUGGGCCCUCUGCUGCAUGGGAAUCCCAUCCCGGCCUUUGGCUUUGGGGACUCCAUCACCAAGGAGGCGGACGUGUUCCCCCUCAUCGAGUCGGGUGCUUCCUGCCUGGACUUCAACGACCUCAUGUGUGCCUACACGCACACCGCCCACAAGGUGCAGCUGUCUGGCCCUACGAGCUUUGCACCCCUGGUGCAAAAAGCGCAGCAGAUCGCCGUCGACAGCCGUGAGUUUCACGUGCUGCUAGUGCUGACGGACGGACAGCUCAGCCCUGCUGGCGAGGUCGCUUCCAGGAAAGCCAUCAUUGCAGCCUCGCAGGUGGCACCACUGUCACUGGUAGUGGUUGUGCUGGGAGAUGGUCCGUGUGGAGCCCUGGUGCGCUGGGAUGACGGCGUCCCCGAGCGCCGCUUUGACAACCUGCAGGUGGUGAGGCAUGCCGAGGUGACCCGUGGGUGCCGACACCCAGACGCCGCAUUGGCCCUGCACGCGCUGAUGGAGGUGCCCGACCAGUACCGUGCAGCUGUGCAACUGGGUCUGCUGAAAGUUGGCAUGUCGCCUUGACUG